UCUGAGGGGAACAGCCGCAGCUUGUGCAGAUACAGAAAUGCUUAUGCACUGACAUCAGCUCAGAUAAGACACACAGACACUCAUGGUUUGUCCCUUCUGCUGGCAAGGUGAUACCCGGGGACGCUGUUUUCAUCCAUCCGAGGGGCUAUUUUUGUUAACGAGAAGCCCUCUUAAUGUUUCUGUGGGCUCUCUGCGGGGUUAUGAGGAGCGGAGCUGAAGUUUGAGCUUCUGUGUUUAUUAUCGCUUUUCGGGCUGCUUUCCUGGGUGCUGUUGUUGGAUUGUUUUCCAGAAAGAAUGGUGCUGGACAAGGAGGAGAGUGUGUCGCUCGUGUCCCUCCAGUCCAGAGAGAAGCCGAGGGGAUGUGCCGGCUGCAACGGGAAGAUCCGUGACCGCUUCAUGCUGCAGGCGCUGGACAGGUACUGGCACGAAGACUGUCUGAAGUGUGCCUGCUGUGACUGCCGCUUGGGCCGGGUGGGCUCCACCCUCUACACCCGGGCCAACCUCAUCCUCUGCCGCAGGGACUACCUGAGGCUCUUCGGGGUGACGGGGAACUGUGCAGCCUGCAGUAAGCUGAUCCCUGCCUUUGAGAUGGUGAUGAGAGCCAGAGACAACGUCUACCAUUUAGACUGCUUUGCCUGUCAGCUCUGCCGCCAGAGAUUUUGCGUGGGAGACAAGUUUUUCCUCAAGAACAACAUGAUCCUGUGCCAGCUGGACUAUGAAGGAGGCCAUCUUAAUGGCAGCGUGGAGAGGCAGCCUCAGUAAGAGAUCAGAACAGGCUGACUGUGAAACAGUUGGACUAUGACACUCACAGCAGCAGUCUUCAUCAGCUUCCUGUUUCUGACUGAAGCGUGUGUGGAAACAACAUUGAUGGAACAUGUUUCCAAUAACUGAACUCUUUAUUGCAGAGCUGUGUGGAAACUAUCCUAACAUUUAUUUCUGAUCAGACGGACCAGAGAUCAGCCAGGAAGUGAAAACGGAAAAACUAUCUCCAGGAUGUUUAAUGUGGGCUGUGAUGGUUCUGCACUUCUUCUUUUGCAUUCGACAAAUAAUUUGAAGAGUCUGUUCACUAAACUGGAAACGCUAGCCGGAUGGAGGGGAGCCAAUCAGGCCACACAUAGCAACAACCAAGUCAUCCAUCACAGAGAAAAAUACUACGCUGUCUUUUUAAACUUCUCUCUGAUUGUCAGAUUGUUCUGGCAGUUGCUGAGCUGUCCUUUGUGGUGAACUCCACCCAUCUGGCAUGUAGGAAGCCACAAAACAAACUGAAACAUAUUCGCAAAUAAAUACAUUUGAAGACGGAGGAUCGACUUUCUCUGUCAUCUCUUUUAAGACUCGACUGAACUGAAUGGUCAAACCCACCGUAGUUUUGU